AUGUCAUCCCUCGCCGAUGAGGUUACGACGAUCGCCUUCGAAUCGCUCGCCGUGGACGCGCACGCAUCGUUCAUCGUCAACGCGAGCGCGAGCGAGGACACGCUCGAACACGCCUUCACCGAACACUUGCGAUUGUCGGGCAUCUAUUGGGGCGUCUGUGCGUUGGCGACGAUGGGAAAUCUGCGCAAAACGAUGGAUGCGGACAAACGGGAAGAGAUUUUAAGUUACGUCGCGAGCUGUCGAUGCGAAUCGGGGGCGUAUAGCGGAGGUGCUGGGCACGACGGGCACGUGUUGUACACACUCAGCGCGGUCCAAAUUUACGCGUUGUUCGACGCGAUGGAUCGAAUCGAUCGCGAUUCGGUGGUGAAUUACGUCAAGGGACUGCAGUUGGCGGAUGGCUCGUUUCAAGGGGACGAGUGGGGGGAGGUGGACACGAGAUUUACGUAUUGCGCGUUGAGCACUUUGCGUUUGCUCGACCGUCUGCACGAGGUGGACGUCGAAGCCGCGUGCGCGUACAUCAACAAGUGUAAGAAUUUCGACGGUGGUUUCGGUGCUACGCCGGGAGGCGAGUCACACGCCGGUCAGGUGUUCACGUGCGUAGGGGCGCUGGCGAUUGGGAAUAGAUUAGACUACGUCGACGGCGAUUUGCUGGGCUGGUGGCUCGCGGAGCGACAAGUGAAGGUUGGUGGGCUGAACGGGCGCCCAGAGAAGCUCCCGGACGUUUGUUACUCGUGGUGGGUGCUAAGUGCGUUGAGCAUACUGGGUAAGACUCACUGGAUUGAUCGUGGGGCGUUGGCACGUUUCAUUUUGCGAUGCCAAGACGAAACUUCGGGAGGGAUUUCCGACAGGCCAGACGACGAGCCAGACGUCUAUCACACUUUUUUCGGCAUCGCCGGUUUGAGCUUGAUGGGACAUCCCGCUGUAGUGGAACCUAUUGAUCCUGUGUUUGCGUUGCCGAACUCGGUGUUGAAGCAGCUCGGCAUCGAGCCGUGGUCAGCGCGCAAAUGUUAG